GCAAAAUGAAAAGAAACAAAGAUGAGAAAAUCUAUAUUAUAAUAAAAUGAAAUGAGCUUAUGCGAUUUGUUGAUAUUUCUGAUGUAUAAUUUAUUGUGAUCUUCGCGAUCUCGAAACAUACAAUGCGUGUAAGAAGCUCGAUUCCAGCUCAGUAUUAAUCGAGUCGUCCGAUAGUACGACAGGUUUAAAGUGUUGUAAUCAUAACAUUGACACGUUGAACAGUACGGAUUGUUUGUUUAAUCAAAUUGAUUGGAUUCGCACGUGGAAAAAUCGUUAGUAAUCGAUUUUUUAUUGUACAUUAUCUAAAUUACCGAUCAAUGAUGUAAUCGAGUAAAGCGGUAGCCGAGAAGGAUAGAGACGAAUCAUUCGCAGACCUUGAAUACGCCAACAACUAAAAAGAAAGUACAAAGAGGAUAGGAACGUGGAUAUGGAGAACGUAACGGUAUCCAUUCCAAGUACUCCAAAGCGUACGACCAUGACCUCUUUGCUCCUAACACGAUGGUUGGCGUCGAAAAGUUCGACUCGUACGAAUGCAGAGACAAGUUGGUCCUCCGACGAUCGAAGUUUAGAAUACGGCACACCGCCACCCAUAGAAGAGCCGCAUUGUUAUUCCAUGUGUGCCAGCGAAAGCUCUUGCACGGAGGAAAUUAAUUGCACGUUGCAGGUGAACAAGGAUAUAAUUAGGAAUCUGUUAGUAGAGCAUAUGAGACACAUCGGCGGUCGAUUGCAACUUCUCGAUGAUUUGGAAGAAAAUAAAAUGGACCUAAACAAUCUCGAGAAUUUCGCGAAAUUGUAUAAACAACACGAGAUAAACGCUUUAUUACUUCACUCCAGCUUCUUAGGUCAUGUCGACGCGAUUAAAAGUUUGCACGAAUGCGGAGCGGAUUUGAAUCACUCGGAACAGGGACAAGGCCUAACUCCGCUGCACUUGUGCGCGUUCAGUAAUUGUUUGGAAGGGGUACAAUAUCUGCUCGAUAACGGAGCCAAUAUUCAUCUGGAACGAACUCAUACACCCUUUCAUUAUGCCGCUUUUGGAAAUGCCUGUAAAGUAACUCAAUAUUUCCUCCAAUUAGGUAUCAGUCAGGAAUCUUGUUACGGAGAGGAAACUGUGUUACACAGUGCGGCCAGGUCAGAUGCUUACAACGUGUUAAAAUUAUUGGCACCUAAUAAUCCUACUUUGGAUAAUUUAGAUUGUAAUGGAUACGCUGCCAUACAUCACGUAGCAGACAGAGGAGAUUCAAGUUGCCUAAUGAUAUUACUAGACGCAGGUUGCAAACUAGAUUUAACGACCAAGAAGAAUGACACUGCGCUGCAUCUUGCAGCUGCUGCCAGUUGCGUGGAGAACGUUGAUUUGUUGGUAGAAAGAGGCGCGAAUGUCCAUUUGAGAAAUCACAGAGAUCAAACGGCUCUGCACAUAGCAGCUCGUUCCCAUUCUUUGGAAUGUGUGGAGAUAUUGCUAAAGAAAGGUGGAUGCGAUCCUAAUAUUGAAGACAAUGACGGAAGAACGUCUCUGCACCUCGCUUUAGGUAGAUCAUUGUUAGCCUAUGACGUGACGGAAUUUUUGAUCACGUGGAAAGCAAACGUGAAUAAAACCGACAAAUACGGUUACACACCGCUUCAUAUAGCUGCUUUAAACGAAUUAUCUCAAUGCGUGGAUAUCUUGAUCCAACACGGAGCGGAUCUUAGUGCUAGAACGAAAGGUGGAACUAGUGCAUUGUCCAUUAUCUUACGUAAAACACCGACGUCUUUAAAUGUCUUUAAGCAGAGAUUAGAUGCAUCGAUAACGCUUCAUCAGCAUGGAUCGGCAACUGGAGAGGCGGAGCUUCGUCUCGAUUUCCAUCCUUUGCUUAUGAAUCAACAACAAGGCGAAAUAAGAUAUCUUGGAACGUUCGUGAAGGAAGGAUACAAAGAAAUAUUGGAGCAUCCGCUUUGCCAGGCAUUCCUCCAUCUAAAGUGGCAGAAAAUUCGGAAAUAUUAUGUGGGCAGGCUGAUCUUUUACCUGUUUUACGUUCUCAUAUUAACAGGAUGGGUAAUGACCGCUCUGGCGCAUAAUUGUUACAACGAGUCGCAUGGCCAAUUAGACAACGAUCAGCCACCAUUGUGCGCGAACACCACCGGUAUCAAUGGUUUUCUUUACAGACAUCCAGCAUUACUCGAGGUCGAAUGGUACGCAUUGAUGGUGCUCACGAUUCUCGAAGUAUUCCGCAAAUUGACCAGCAUUCCAACGUAUCCCUCCGUUCGCCAAUUCUUCACACAAGCCGAAAACAUGGUCGAAUGGUGUGUGAUAUUGAGCGUGUUCGCCACUUCUUUUAUCUACACGGGUAGAACGUAUCCGUGGCAGAGUCACGUAGGAGCAUUCGCGGUGCUCUGCGGUUGGAGUAAUCUUAUGUUAAUGAUAGGGCAAUUGCCAAUAUUCGGAGCAUAUGUGGCUAUGUUCACCAGCGUUCAAGCACAAGUAUUCAAGCUUUUGUUGGCGUACGCCUGCCUCCUGGUAGGGUUCACAGCGAGCUUCUGCGUGAUUUUUCCACGAUCGAAAUCGUUCAGCAGCCCUCACAUCGGCCUGAUCAAAGUUUUGGUCAUGAUGACCGGAGAGUUAAAUUUCGAGGAUCUGUUCUUCCCUCGUGAAGAGGACGGGAAAACGAUCGACUCGGGGAGUACAUCUUGGAUUUUGUUACAAGUUUCCGCCCAGUUGUCGUUCGUCCUGUUUCUUUUAUUCGUCACGAUCGUGUUGAUGAACUUGCUGGUAGGAAUCGCGGUUCACGAUAUAAAGGGACUACAAAAAACGGCAGGACUUGCAAAACUCGUUCGCCAGACGAAGCUUAUCUGCGACGUCGAGACGGCACUUUUUUUGGGUCUGAUGCCAAAAAGAUUAAUGAAAUUUUUACGAUGGACCGCUCUGCUGCUACCAUCACCUUUGAGAGCCGUUUUAACCGUUCGUCCCCUGAAUCCGAGAGAGAGUAGACUGCCUCGCGAUUUGUUAGCCGCGGCGCACAAGGUCGCUAAGGAAAGAAAAAAUUGUAUAUCUGGAACUUUGUACAGUAGAAAGAGCAAUACCACCAUGUAUACGUGUUUGAAAAGCGAGCCGUAUUCGACUUUUCGUCGACGUUUUCCAGAAGAAGAUAUUUCCACGGUCGAUGAUUACGCGAUUAAGGGAGAAUUGGCAGAAUUGAAAAAGAUUUGCGAAAGAAAUCAUCAACUUCUUCAGGACAUUGUGUUGAUGUUGGUGAAUGAUAAGCGCGAAUAAAGAACAGGAUGAGAAUAAUUAAGUUUAAUCUGGAAAUUCUUCGAAUCAUAAUCUCUUGGAAAUAGCAAGGACAUAAAUGAUCUAAAAAACGAAUAACGCUAUAUCAAUAGUUUAAAGAUGUUAAAUUAUAUUGCAUAAUGCAAAAGAAUUUUAAACAUAUUUUGAUAUCAUAUUUUAAUAUUUUUUUAUGCUUAAAGAGUACGCUUAAAAAAUUAUCUAGAUAUUACUCAAUGCUGAAUUUCUAUUGUUCAUUGAGAUAUUUCCAGAAUUUCAUAUAGUAUGACGUAAUCUUCUGAAAUGAAAAAUCCGAAUGAUUAAAAUCAUUAAGUAAAAAAAACGUAUGUUCAUAUGUUUUCA